AUGACACCCAAAGGGGUGCGCCACAGCAUACAACCUACCCCAGGGUACUUCAGGGGUCAAAAUUUAAGGCUUCAAAGUCAGAUAAUUAGCACCAUGGAGACUCAGGUGUCCGGCGGCCCCCCCCCUACGGCCCUGCCCAAUGGGCCGCUAGUCAGCACCAACGGAGCCACCGAUGACAGCAAGACCAACCUCAUUGUCAACUACCUGCCCCAGAACAUGACGCAGGAGGAGUUCAAAAGCCUCUUCGGCAGCAUUGGGGAGAUCGAGUCCUGCAAGCUGGUUCGGGACAAGAUCACAGGGCAAAGCCUGGGCUAUGGCUUCGUGAAUUACGUGGACCCCAAUGAUGCGGACAAAGCCAUCAAUACCCUCAAUGGCCUCAAGCUGCAGACCAAGACCAUCAAGGUGUCCUACGCCCGGCCCAGCUCAGCCUCCAUCAGAGAUGCCAACCUGUAUGUGAGUGGCCUCCCCAAGACCAUGAGCCAGAAGGAAAUGGAGCAACUCUUCUCCCAGUACGGGCGAAUCAUCACCUCCCGAAUCCUCGUAGAUCAGGUCACAGGUGUGUCUAGGGGCGUGGGCUUCAUCCGGUUUGACAAGAGGAUUGAGGCAGAAGAGGCCAUCAAGGGCCUGAAUGGGCAGAAGCCGCUGGGCGCCAGUGAGCCCAUCACUGUCAAGUUCGCCAACAACCCCAGCCAGAAGACAGGCCAGGCCCUGCUCACGCACCUUUACCAGUCCUCAGCGCGGCGCUAUGCAGGACCCCUGCACCACCAGACACAGAGGUUCAGGCUCGACAAUUUGCUAAACAUGGCUUAUGGCGUAAAGAGGUAACUGGCUCCCCCAGGGCCCCUGACUUCCCCUCCCUUCCCCUCCC